GACUCCCAUUACAUAUUUUCUCGUCUUUAAGUGUAGCAUGUUCAUUUUAAUAGCCCGCUACGAUAUUAAUUAAAAUCACGUUUGUAAGCAGAUUCGCCUUUUCCCUAUUGUUUCAAUAUAGCAUGGUGUUAGAAUAAAGCUUUUUCGUCGGGGAACGCAAAAAGCUCAUCACUGGACCCUUCGCGUUUGUGUGCAUACGACUGGCAACAUAACUGGCUUAUUUACAUUAAAUACGCCACAAGGUUACAGUGCAGAUCAACGUCAUUUUAUCGCUGAUUACUUCUCUUAAGCGCUAGAGCAGUGACUGAUGCUUGGGACGCGCGCGCUGUCUACACAGAUUUAUCCUGGAGUUUUUUGGAAGAAAACAGACUUGAAAUAGUUAUUCGAAAAGAAAAUGAGCCCAGAUGGUGAUUGAUUUUUCAAGUGCUGACAGCCCUGCUUGAGAACAUGUUCCCACCUUCUUUGUGCCGAGCAAGUCAGGCAAACUAACGUGAUGAUGCGAUCAUCGGCUGUAUGCUGCCGACGUGGACGAUUGAUUGACACGACCCCCCCACCACACAAAAAACAGGGAACCAGGACCCCCUCUUAGCCACCCCUCAGUGCCAUCCACACUGGGCUGCCUGGGCACUCUAACCUGUCUCUUUACCCUGACUGGCCUCACACAAGUAUGCAGUUGGUGUGUUAAGGAUGGAGGAGUCUAGCUUGUGCCUUGGAGUGUCUUCAGCUGUACCUGAAGCUGACGCCCAUCUCAGCAACACUGUUCUCAACGGCCGCUAUCCAAUCAGUCAGAAACUGCACCAGCUGACCACUCAGCUUGGCCAUGCCUUUCCCGAUCUCCAAAACAGACAGCAGAUCCCCGAAGAGAAGGCAGCCACCCCGCUCGACGAGAAGAGUCACGCAGCUCUAGCCAGCCAGCCAAUCAGCAGCCAGAUGGCCCUGCUCGCCAAUCAGCUCAAUCGUGACAUCGACGCCAGCACUCUGACUAUGAACGGAAGGGUGGAUCUCCAGCAGUUCCUCAACGGGCAGAACCUCGGCAUCAUGUCUCAGAUGAAUGACAUCGAGGACGAUGCCCGCAAGAACAGGAAGUACCCGUGCCCCCUGUGCGGCAAGCGCUUCCGCUUCAACAGCAUCCUCUCGCUGCACAUGCGCACGCACACGGGCGAGAAGCCCUUCAAGUGCCCCUAUUGUGACCACCGGGCGGCGCAGAAGGGCAACCUGAAGAUCCACCUGCGCACGCACAAGCUGGGCAACCUGGGCAAGGGCCGCGGCCGGGUGCGCGAGGAGAACCGGCUCCUGCACGAGCUGGAGGAGAGGGCCAUCCUGAGGGACAAGCAGAUGAGAAACAGCCUCCUGCAGCCACGGCUGGACAUGAAGCAGCCACCCCAAGGCCUCCAGCACCAGCACCUCCCCACACAGGCCCAGCAGCAGCAGCCCACCUCCGCCCUCGGCCUCCUCACUCCCACCAGCCUGGGGACCACGGAGAGCUUGGCCCAGCCGUCACCCUCCCCAAAGCCGGCCCCCGCCCAGGACGAGCAGGCCGCCCCACCCACUGGCUUUCGCUGCACCUUCUGCAAAGGCAAGUUCAAGAAGCGGGAGGAGCUGGAGCGCCACAUCCGCAUCCUGCACAAGCCCUACAAGUGCACGCUUUGUGAUUUUGCCGCCUCCCAGGAGGAGGACCUCAUCGCCCACGUGGAGAAAGCCCACAUCACCGCCGAGUCGGCCCAGGGACAGGGCUCCAGCAGCAAUGGGGAGAAACCCGCCAACGAGUUCCGCUGCGAGGUGUGCAGUCAGGUCUUCAGCCAGGCCUGGUUCCUCAAGGGGCACAUGCGCAAGCACAAAGACUCCUUCGAGCACUGCUGCCAGAUCUGCGGCCGGCGCUUCAAGGAGCCCUGGUUUCUGAAGAACCACAUGAAGGUCCACCUGAACAAACUGGCUAUCAAGAACAAGCCUCCGAGCGACUCUGAGGUGUCUGUCAGCAUGAAUAACAUGGCGCAGGAAGCCCACGCCAACCUUUACUCCAGGUACAUCUCCUGCCUGCAGAGUGGCUUCCUCUCACCUGACAAGGCGAGUCUGUCCGAACAGCACCAGAUGCUCACAAAAGCGGGGAUUGCCAUGAAGGAGAAGGAGAUGUUAGGGAAACUGCUGGCUCCCGUUUCGGGCAUGGGCCAUGGCUUAGGCGAAGGAGAGAAGCGCUCUUUGCUGGGCUGUUUGAACCUGGUGCCCCCACUGAAGUCCAGCUGCAUGGAACGCCUGCAGGCUGCAGCGAAGGUGGCGGAGAUGGACCCCCUCAACAGCUACCAGGCCUGGCAGAUCAUGGCGCGUGGUAUGGCUAUGGAUCGGGCGUUCAUGCCCAAAGAACAGCAUCACGUGCCUCACGGCCAGGAUGAAGACCUGGCCAACGCGGCCAUGGUCUUCGCGAAAGAGAAGCAUGAGUACUCGCUGAUGGGCUCCGACGGCUCCAAGCAGAAGCUGCACGCCGAGGCCAUGCAGGGGGCCAAGGGGGCCGCCAUGCUUCCCUGCAAGGACGACGGCAGCUUCGACGGCCACCGGGAGUUCAUGUCCCACGGCGGCCUCGAGUUCGGCCUGGCCAACGUGAAGGAGAAGCCCACCGAGUGUCCCGACUGUGGCCGGGUCUUUAGAACUUACCACCAGAUGGUGGUCCACUCCCGCGUGCACGGCAAGGAGCGGCGGACCGGGGACGAGGGGAUCCAGCACGGCGUGUGCCUGGACGAGCGCCGCGGCUCGGCCAGCGACCCGGAGUCCCAGUCCAUCAGCCGAUCCACCACUCCGGGCUCCUCCAACGUCACCGAGGAGAGCGGGGCCGGGGGAGGCCUUUCGCAGACUGGGAGCGCCCAAGAGGACAGCCCACACCCCUCCUCUCCAUCCUCAGACGCCGGGGAUGAAGCCGGAAAGCCGUCGGCCGGGGUCCAGCCGCCCACCUCCCAGCACCGAGACAGGGCCCUGGGCUCCGCCAUGAAGGACUGCCCUUACUGCGGAAAGACCUUCAGAACAUCUCACCACCUCAAGGUCCACCUGAGGAUCCAUACAGGUGAGAAACCAUACAGGUGCCCGCACUGCGACUACGCGGGCACGCAGUCGGCCUCGCUGAAGUACCACCUGGAGCGCCACCACCGGGAGCGGCAGAACGGUGGGGGACCCUCCUCUGGACACCCCCUCCCCGAAAACAAGGACGAGCAUGCCAAGGGCGGCGUCUUCAUCAGACCCGAUGUCCUCCGUGGGGUCUUCAAGGGCAUGCCUGGCGGAGUGGACUUCAGAGGCGGUCAGCUGAUGCCCCACCAAUGGGUGCCGCCAGGGAUGCUGUCGUCCAGAGACCGGGACCGGCCUGGGCAUGGACACGGGCACGGACACGGACACGGGCACGGGCACGGGCACGGGCACGGCCUGGGCGCAGCCCCCGAAAGCCAGCCUGAGGGCCUAAAGGGCCCUGAUGCACCGUCCGGCGAUGGGCCGGCGAGCUUCUCGGACCUGGGCAGGGCCUACCAGAGCAUGGCGGGCAACGGGGUGAACUUCCAGGGCUCCCUGCAGGCCUUCAUGGACAGCUUCGUCCUCAGCUCCCUGAAGAAGGACAAGGAAGCGAGGGACAAGCCGCAGCAUUUGGGACUGGAGAGCGGCGAGGCCAAAGCCAAGCGAGGCGAGAACGGCGAGGAGAAAGCAGAUGCCAAGCCUUCCGAAGGCAAACCUGAGAAGUCCCAGUACGAGCCGCUCGAUCUGUCCGUCAGGCCAGAUUCCGCCUCCCUGCCGGGCUCCUCCGUCACCAUCCAAGACAACGUGGCCUGGCACGGCUGCCUCUUCUGCUCCUUCACCACUUCCUCCGUCGAACUGAUGGCUCUCCACUUGCAGGCCAACCACCUGGGAAAAGCCAAGCGCAAGGAGAGCGGCAUCUUGGACAUGAAAGGCAUGAGCAGGGAACAAAUGGGGGAGCCUUCCUCCGCGAGCAAAGCCAGGCUGGCUCCCGCCACCCUCCACCCUGGCAGCGAGAGCCUGUCCACCAAGCAAGGCCUGCACGCGGACAGGAUGACCCAGCAAGAGACGGGCAAGGAAGCCGCGGGGGAGCAGAAGAGCGCGGCCUGGUCGAACCACAUGGACCCCGCCAACGCCAGCGGCUUUCAGAGCAACUUCUUCAAGCAGUUCGGCAUGUACGACGGCCCUGGCAGCGGGGGCCCGGGGCCGCAGGGCUUCGGCGGCCCCUGCCCAGAACCGCACGAGCCGCGGGACCAGCCCUCCGACGCGGGCAGCCUGAAGCUGGGAGAAGACGCCGGCGAGCUGGCCGACAAGGUGUCCGGCAGAGAGAUGGAAGUGUCCGAAGAGCCGGACCCGCCCGAGAGCGACGGUGGGGUGGCAGACCACAGCACAGAGCCCGCCGCCGACAGGCCAGGUUCGGACGAGGAUGAGGACGAGGAGGAGGAGGAGGCGGAGGAGGAGGAGGAGGAGGAGGAGGACGAGGAGGAAGAAGAGGAGAUGGAGGCCGAGGAUGAAGAGGGCAGGAGCGGCGGAGGUGAGCGGAUGCAGAGCGAGCCGGCGACAAAGGACUCCCAGAUACUGGGGCCCGGCAUGCCCCCUCAGCCCCCGCUCCUGGAGAAGCAGUGGCAGGGCCUGAGCCUGCUUUCAUCUCAAGGAGUCCCCCCGGGGCUGCUGAAACCGGAACCGGCCCAUCUUGAGCAGCAGAUGAACAUGCUGUCCGUCCUGAGGGCCUACAGCACAGAGAACCUCGCAGCCUUCAACGGCCUUGGAAACAGCUCAAACAACGCCAGCGGAAUCAAGAGACCAGACAUGCCCGGUCAGAGGCCUUUCCAGUGCAGAUACUGCCCCUACAGCGCGUCUCAGAAAGGGAACCUGAAGACCCACGUGCUGUGCGUCCACCGCAUGCCGUUCGACAACAGCCAGUACCCCGACCGGCGCUUCAAACGCUCCCGCGUGGACUCCGACCCCCCGGGGGGCUCCGAGGAAGGGAACCCCGCCGCCCCGCUCCGCCCCAGGGACCCCCAGCGCCCGGGGCUGACCGCACCGCGGCCACAACCGCAGCAGUGACUCCACAGCUGCUGAAACAGCCGAGGCAAGUCAGGGGUGGAGCCGGGGGUGGAGACGACCGCCAGGGUGGCGCUGGAGGAGAUAACACAUCGGUGCACAUUCCAAAAUAUUUAUUCCAACGUAUUUUACAGUAACACAACAAAUGCACAGGAGGCGGAGACCGAUAUACGUUUGGAUGUUGCAAUGCUUAACCACAUCAGCCAAAAUAAUCGCGAAGAUAGAGAGCAUUGU